CGGGCGAGGUUGCCGUCGAGCCAUGACGCUCGAUAACAGGGACAAAACGGGACAGUUCGUGAAAGUGAGAACGGAAAGUACAGGUUACGAGCCGGCGGAACGAUGGCGGAUCACCAGGAACGUGCUGGUGAUCGGGCUAGCUUUCAUGGUGAACUUCACGGCGUUCAUGGGCGCCACAAAUCUACAGAGUUCGAUCAAUGCCGAUCAAUCACUGGGAACGUUCACGCUGGCGUCGAUCUACGGGAGCCUGAUAUUCAGCAAUAUCUUCCUGCCUACUCUGAUCAUAAGCUGGCUGGGUUGUAAAUGGACGAUAUCCUUGUCCAUCUUGACUUACGUGCCGUUUAUGGCCGCUCAGUUUUACCCGAAAUUCUACACCAUGAUACCAGCUGGACUGAUGGUCGGGAUCGGGGCUGGGCCCCUAUGGUGCGCUAAAUGCACUUAUCUCACUGUUGCGGCUGAUGCGUAUGCAACACUCUCGGAUGUCGCCACGGAUGUCCUCGUCACUAGGUUCUUCGGCGUGUUCUUCAUGUUUUAUCAAAUGGCCCAGGUCUGGGGUAAUCUUAUAUCUUCGGCAGUUCUUUCCUACGGAAUGGACGCUGUGCCCACGAACACAAUAUUGAACAGCACCAUAGUCGCGGAAGUUUGCGGCGCGAACUUCUGCGGCGCGACAUCCGGCGACGCUGAGAGCCCGAAAUUGGAUCGACCGCCCGAGGAAAGGAUCCACCUGAUAUCCGGCAUUUAUUUGUGUUGCAUGAUAGCCGCUUCCUUAAUCGUCGCGUUCGGCGUCGAUUCCCUCUCGAGAUACAAUAGAGGUAGAUCCGGUUCUGCCACAGGAUUGUCAGGGAUCAAGCUGCUGGCCGUGACGCUGAAGUUGUUGAAGGAGAAGAGCCAGUUGCUGAUACUGCCGAUCAUUAUAUUCAUUGGAGCUGAACAGGCGUUUCUGUUCGCCGAUUACAAUGCCUCAUUUGUGUCCUGCGCUUGGGGGAUCAGCAACAUCGGUUACGUGAUGAUCUGUUUCGGUGUCACGAACGCUAUAGCUGCAUUAGGCGCUGGGUCCAUAAUGAAGCUGACUGGCCGGAAGGCUCUAAUGAUAUUCGCUUUCUGUCUUCACUUGGGAAUCCUGAUAUUCCUGUUGCGCUGGAAGCCAACACCUGAUCGAAGCUCCAUGUUCUUCCUGAUGUCUGGAUUGUGGGGUCUUUGUGAUGCUAUGUGGCUGGUACAAGUUAAUGCUCUAUCUGGCAUACUGUUCCCUGGCAAAGAGGAAGCUGCGUUCUCGAACUUCCGUCUAUGGGAAUCCACAGGAUCGGUCAUCACGUACGCGUACAGUCCUUAUCUCUGCACGCAAACGAAACUGUACAUUCUGAUCGGGAUCCUUUGCCUCGGAAUGAUCGGCUACGGUCUGAUCGAAUGGAGCGGGAAAACUGAACGAAGAGUCCCCGAACCGAAACCCGAUUUCGAGCUAGUGGGGAACGGGGACGCGAACGACACAACGAAACUUUGA